GCAUUGUGUGACCGGAGCGGUGACUCUAACUGCCGGGCUCAUCUCGCCGCUUCGCCACCGGGCUGGUCUUUUUUUCUGGAUCUCACUGCAAUGGCGGAACAGCAGCAGUUCUACCUCUUGCUGGGCAACCUGAUGAGCCCCGACAACACCGCUAGGAAACAGGCGGAGGAGACAUAUGAUACCAUCCCUGGCCCGAACAAGAUCACAUUCUUGCUGCAGGCCAUUAGAGAUGCAUCUGCCACUGAGGAGGUUAAACAGAUGGCGGCGGUGCUGCUGCGGCGGCUGCUGUCCUCGUCCUUCGAAGAGAUCUACCCCGGCCUGACACUGGAGAUGCAGACGGCCAUCAAGACAGAGCUGCUGACCAGCAUCCAGCAGGAGACUUCACCCAAUAUCCGCAAGAAGGUCUGCGACAUCGCCGCCGAGCUCUCUCGCAACCUCAUUGAUGAUGACGGGAACAACCAGUGGCCAGAGUUGCUCAAGUUUCUAUUUGAUUCAGUCAACUCCCAGAACGUCGGCCUGCGAGAAGCUGCCCUGCACAUAUUCUGGAACUUCCCAGGAAUCUUUGGCAACCAGCAGCAGCAUUACAUGGAGGUCAUCAAGCGCAUGCUAGUACAAUGCAUGCAGGACCAGGAGAACCCACAGAUUCGCACCCUGGCGGCUCGGGCUGCUGCUUCCUUUGUUCUGUCCAAUGAAAGCAACACGGCGCUGCUGAAACACUUCUCUGAUCUGCUGCCAGGCAUCCUGCAGGCAGUGAACGAGUCCUGCUACCAGGGAGACGACUCUGUGCUCAAGUCCUUGGUGGAAAUCGCUGAUACAGCUCCUAAAUACCUGAGACCCAACCUGGAGGCCACCCUGCAGCUCAGUCUGAAGCUAUGUGCAGACACCAACCUGACAAACAUGCAGAGGCAGUUGGCGUUGGAAGUCAUCGUCACCCUGUCUGAGACGGCAGCAGCGAUGCUGAGGAAACAUACGGCCAUUGUUUCUCAGAGUGUGCCCCAGAUGCUCGCUAUGAUGGUGGAUCUAGAGGAGGAUGAGGAGUGGGCCAUGGCUGACGAGCUGGAGGAUGAUGACUUUGACAGUAAUGCGGUGGCUGGGGAGAGCGCUCUUGACAGGAUCGCCUGUGGUUUGGGGGGAAAGAUCGUCCUGCCAAUGAUCAAACAGCACAUCAUGCAGAUGCUACAGAACCCUGACUGGAAGUACCGCCACGCCGGGCUGAUGGCGCUGUCGGCCAUUGGCGAGGGCUGCCACCAACAGAUGGAGGCCAUCCUCAACGAGAUCGUCAGCUUCGUCCUGCUCUUCUGCUCUGACCCUCAUCCUAGAGUGCGCUAUGCUGCUUGCAACGCGAUUGGACAGAUGGCCACAGACUUCGCCCCCACCUUCCAAAAGAAAUUCCAUGACAAGGUAAUCUCAGCCCUGCUUCAGACCAUGGAGGACCAGAGUAACCCUCGGGUGCAGGCACAUGCUGCUGCUGCCCUCAUCAACUUCACUGAGGACUGUCCCAAAUCACUGCUCAUCCCCUACCUGGACAACCUGGUGCAGCACCUCCACGUCAUCAUGGUGGCCAAACUCCAAGAGCUGAUCCAGAAAGGCACCAAACUCGUCCUGGAGCAGGUAGUGACAUCCAUCGCCUCGGUUGCUGACACGGCUGAGGAGAAGUUUGUGCCCUACUACGACCUUUUCAUGCCUUCGCUGAAACACAUCGUAGAAAACGCGGUGCAGAAGGAGCUGCGGCUGCUGCGCGGCAAGACCAUCGAGUGCAUCAGCCUCAUCGGUCUGGCCGUGGGCAAAGAGAAGUUCAUGCCAGAUGCCUCGGCUGUGAUGCAGCUUCUCCUCAAGACCCAGACAGAUUUUAAUGAUCUGGAAGACGACGAUCCUCAGAUCUCGUACAUGAUCUCAGCCUGGGCGAGGAUGUGUAAAAUCCUGGGGAAGGAGUUUCAGCAGUACCUGCCAGUCGUGAUGGGCCCCUUGAUGAAGACGGCCUCCAUCAAGCCAGAGGUGGCCCUCCUCGACACCCAGGACAUGGAGAACAUAUCAGAGGAUGACGGAUGGGAGUUUGUCAACCUGGGAGACCAGCAGAGCUUCGGCAUCAAGACGGCCGGCCUGGAGGAGAAGGCCACCGCCUGUCAGAUGCUGGUGUGCUACGCCAAAGAGCUGAAGGAGGGUUUUGUGGAAUACACAGAGCAGGUGGUGAAGCUGAUGGUGCCACUACUGAAGUUCUACUUUCAUGAUGGUGUCCGGGUGGCGGCAGCUGAGUCCAUGCCCCUGCUGCUGGAGUGUGCGCGGGUUCGUGGCCCAGAGUACCUGACCCAGAUGUGGCACUUUAUGUGCGAUGCCCUCAUCAAGGCCAUCGGAACAGAACCCGACUCAGAUGUCCUGUCGGAAAUCAUGCAUUCAUUUGCCAAGUGUAUUGAGUUGAUGGGAGACGGCUGCCUGAACAAUGAGCAUUUUGAGGAGCUGGGUGGCAUUUUGAAGGGAAAGCUGGAGGAGCAUUUUAAGAACCAGGAGCUCAGACAAGCCAAGAGACAGGACGAAGACUAUGAUGAGCAGGUGGAGGAAACAUUACAAGAUGAGGAUGAAAAUGACGUUUACAUCCUGACGAAGGUGUCAGACAUCUUGCACUCAGUCUUCAGUAGUUACAAAGAGAAGGUCCUUCCUUGGUUUGAGCAGCUGCUGCAGCUCAUCGUCCAGCUAAUAUGUCCCAACAGGCCCUGGGCCGACAGACAGUGGGGUUUGUGUAUCUUUGACGAUGUGGUGGAGCACUGCAGUCCCUCUUCUUUUAAAUAUGCUGAGUAUUUCCUGCGGCCGAUGCUGCAGUCGCUAUGUGACUCGAGCCCUGAGGUCCGGCAGGCGGCAGCUUACGGCGUCGGUGUCAUGGCUCAGUACGGAGGAGAGAACUACCGGCCAUUCUGCACAGAGGCCAUCCCGCUGCUUGUGGGAGUGAUCCAGGCAGCCGAAUCACGCUCCAAGGAGAACGUCAACGCCACAGAGAACUGCAUCUCCGCUGUCGGGAAAGUAAUGAGGUUCAGGCCAGAGUGUGCCAACGUUAACGAGAUCCUCCCCCACUGGCUGGGCUGGCUGCCACUCAACGAGGACAAGGAGGAGGCUGUGCACACGUUCGACUUUCUGUGUGACCUCAUCGAAACCAACAAUCCCAUCAUCCUCGGACCAGACAAUUCCAACCUUCCCAAAAUAUUCCUCAUCAUCGCAGAGGGAGUAGCCAACGAGUCAGUUAAGAGCGAAGAUGCAUGCAGCAAACGGCUGGCACACGUCAUCCGCCAAGUUCAGGCUUCAGGAGGACUAUGGACGCAGUGUGUAUCGACGCUGAAUGAGACGCAGCAGAAAGCCAUACAGGACCUCCUCAACGCUGCUUGAGCCUCCGUUUCAAAACCCCGGUCACCGCCCCGAUCCCUCCUUUUUAACCAAGACCAUAAAGAAGCAUCGAGCUCCUGGAUCUCCUCCAUACAAUCCUUCCUCUUCCUCCUGCUCUGAUCUGUAGUGUGUAUGAGUGUGUAUGGAUGCCGGCUUCAGCCCCCCUGCCCUCCUCCCCACCCCACCCCGCUCCACUCCACCACCCUACUCUAGUAUACAGCCUUCACCCAGGGAGUGGGCUGGAUUAUCGGCUACAGAUGGAGGACAUCGCCCAGCCACCAAAAAAAGUCUUUCACCCUCUUCUCAACAGAAGCGUCACCGGUUCUCACCUGUGCAAAGGGAACCAAAGGAAAGCAUCUGUCCCUUAAACCACAUCUCGUUACGGUUCCGUGUCUUAUAUCUGGACUUAAUUUUUUUUUUUUUUUUUAAGCCAUUCCCUGACGGUUUGACUUGUCUAGCUAGUCCCUGAAGCAUUCUCCAUGUCACCCAGUGGAAACUCAUUGGACUGUCGGGGCUCAGAAGGGCCAGAGCUGGUAAAUGGGGACAGGACUGGACAUUAAAGCGGACUGAGGAAAUGAAUUGAGGUGGAAAUGCACGUGGGGCGAUCACUGCCUGUCUCCUGUGAAUUUUUUCUUUUCUUUUUUUGUUCUGUUUUAUUUUUUCUCCUUGUUCUGUAUUCCCAGUGUUAUCUGGGUGGAAAUGGCCUCUGUUCGCCACGGGUCAGAGGGUAUGUGUCUAAAAAAAAAAAACUUAAAAAAAAAAACUUUAAAAAAACUAACGGCAUGUGUGUAAGUGGCUAACUCUAGGAAAUAUAAACUAGUUAGGAAAUCUACAUCAUUGUCGUCUGGGAGAGUUGACAUCAGCCUCAGCAAGUUCCCUUCAUAGCCUUCCAGACAGCUAUUCAUGGGAGAUGAAAAAAAAACAAUGUUUUCGUAGCGGUUUGCACCCUUUUUAUAGCAGUUUGGUAAAGGGCACUCGUAGGAAGUGCAAUAAUCCAUAGUGGGUCUUGGCCGCGACGUGUGUGACAAGCUGAAGGAACACAGGAUUGUAGAGUAUUUGUAAAAUGCGUGCUACCAUCCUCUAAAGUUUUUGGUUUUGGCCCUUUGCAGUUCUGCAGGUAUGUGAUGGAAUUCCAGAAAUUACAAUAAAGUUUCAGUCGAGACUUCAGAAGGA